UCAAAUGAUUCUUACAAAAGAUUAUUUUAUCGUUAUUUUGAUCGCUCUCAUCAUUUCAUCCCUGAUUUGUGUUCUCGUGUUUCCUUCUUGUGUCGCGUUUCGUUGGUCAUCACUUUGCAUUUCUUCAGCUUUCCAACAAACGAGCGAUUAUGGUUUAUGUUUUUUGCAAAAGAGAAAUUACAGACAGAGCGAUUCAACAAUCGAUAGAAGUCUCAGCUAAUCUGCACUGCAUGUUAUUACAUUUAUACGCGGAACAGGCUCGGUGCGACAAAGCUGUAAGGAAGAGAAAACAACGCAUACGCAACAAGCCGUUGAAUAGCUUUGAAUAUUUUUUAAGCGACGGCUUAAUAUGCCUGGGCGCGGCAAAGAGAUUUUACAAAUGGAACCGGAGUAGCCGUGCGUUAUUUGGGUUGCUAAUACGGAAUAUAGACAUUUUUACUAGACUGAAAAACAAGUUAUCCGAAAUACAGUAUAAUAAAAACCGACUUUUAAGGAGGCAAAGUAUUUAUGAUAGCAAUUUUAUCAUAAUUGCCACGGACGAUAUAAUUUUUGAAAACGGCCAAUUAGAUAUAAACUUAAAUGACAUAUUGGAGUUUGAAGAUGAUGAGUUAAUUGACUUUUAUACUUGGGUUAAUAAGAUACCCGAUCGCAUAGGUUUGAUGAUAGGAAUGGAACGUAUGUUUAACCUAAUUCAAGAUGCAUUCUUCGAAAUAUGUUCUUCACUGUGUCAAGCGUUAAACGAAUAUUGCAAGAAGUUAAGACAAUAUCUAUAUAACAACAAGGACAAACUGAAAUCGAGCAAAUUUUAUUCAGAAAAACAUUCAAUACAGUAUAGGUAUCGCUAUAUGUGUUGCAAAUAUCAUUUCUUAAAGCGAUUGCUAGAGUUAAUUAGCGAGCAAGAAAAAUACAUCGCAAAAUACAAUAGUACUUACAACUUAUAUCAGAGAAAUAGUUGAACAACUGAUGAUGGCGUAUUUCUUACAUGACAAUUUGUACGAUAUUUUGUAAAAAAUGGAAGAAAAUAUAUAAACUUAACUAACUUUCUGUUAGUGAAUAAUUAUUGUAACUUAUUGAAAAAAUUUAUACGACAUUUGUAUUUAUAUUAGAAUAUAUGAUAAAUAUAUGUAUUUGUAAUAAAA